GGCAGCGCACAACACAACACAACACAACACAGGAGAGCCGCCCCGCACACUCACAGUGUUACACCACCAGAGUCCCGUCAUUUGGAUAAUAUCAGAACAUCUGCUCGGGGGGGGGACGUUUUGUAUUUUGAGCUGCGUCGUUGGAAGCGCGCCGUCAACAGCGAGCUCAGAGACACACUCAUGCCAGACGAGGCAGCACGGGGAGUCGACACACUUUAACUGGGACAGCGUGGACGAGGACAGCAUCACGUUCAGCUGGACGAGCAAAGACCAAAAACUCAGGGAAAUGUCCAGCAACACUGGAAGAGGUCAUGGGGGUCUUAACCAACUAGGUGGAAUGUUUGUUAAUGGACGCCCACUUCCGGAGGUGAUCCGGCAACGCAUUGUGGACAUGGCCCACCAGGGGGUCCGGCCCUGUGACAUCUCCCGGCAGCUCCGAGUCAGCCACGGCUGUGUCAGCAAGAUCCUGGGACGUUACUACGAGACAGGGAGCAUCAAGCCUGGUGUGAUUGGCGGCUCCAAGCCCAAAGUGGCCACCCCAAAGGUUGUGGACAAAAUCGCAGAAUACAAGCGGCAGAAUCCCACCAUGUUCGCCUGGGAGAUCAGGGACAGACUGCUGGCAGAGGGAGUGUGUGACAGUGACACCGUGCCCAGCGUGAGCUCCAUUAACAGAAUUAUUCGAACCAAGGUCCAGCAGCCGUUCAAUCUGCCUCUGGAUGGAAAAGGCCUGAGUCCAGGACAAACUUUAAUCCCCAGUUCAGCAGUCACCCCUCCCGAGUCUCCACAAUCAGACUCUCUGGGAUCCACCUACUCCAUCAGUGGCUUGUUGGGUAUCCCCCAACCUGCUACAGAGGGCAAGAGGAGCCAUGAUGACAGUGAUCAGGAAAGUUGUCGGCACAGCGUGGACUCUCAGGGCAGCGGAGGCGUCCCGAGGAAACAGAUGAGGCUGGAUCACUUUGCCGUGGCCGCACAACAGCUGGAUUGUGGGUUUGAUCGUCACCACUACCCCCCGGACUCGUUCGGCUCCGUCUCCAGCAGCAAGACCGAGCAGACUUUGUACCCGCUGUCCCUCAUCAAUGGCAGCCUCGACGAGGCCAAGACCAACCUCUCAACAUCCAGCUCUGCCAUUGGACGGAAUCUGUCAGCGCACCAGAGUUACACCAUGGUGACUGAGUCCCCGCAGUCCCUGCCGCUCUGUCUGAAACAGGAAAUGUCCCCAGAAGUAACCAGCACAAGCCCCUCCCCAAACAUGGCAGCGUGCAAUCUGGCGUUCGUGGAGCUGCAGGCGCUGCAGAAGCCUCUUUCUGUCAGCAGCAGCUGUGGCAAUUCCAACCAUUUUCCCAACACCUUCAACUCAUUCUCCCAUCAUGCACCAGUGUACGGGCAGUUCAGCAGUCAGUCUAUCAUGUCAGGGCGUGACAUGGUGAGCUCCACCUUACCAGGCUACCCACCUCACAUCCCCUCCUCUGCUCAGACAGGAUACUCCCCCUCUGCCAUCACAGGCAUGGUCACAGCAGGUGCAGACUACUCGGGUCAGACCUACAGCCACUCGCCCUACACCUCCUACAGUGAAGCCUGGAGGUUCACCAACUCCAGCAUACUGGGUUCGCCCUAUUACUACAGCUCGGCCUCCCGUACCGCUCCACCUUCUGCAGCCGCCUACGACCACCUCUAGUCCAUGCUACACGAGGCGAACUCGACGCCGAUGGACCUGACUUGACCCCAAACUGCAGGCCGGAGACCUUCACAUCAGCUGAUGCAUCUGAUCACGGGCCAAGGUGUGAAAGUCAAACCUGGAUGUGAACUUGAGACUCCGGCCUACAACACCCAACUCAUAUGCUAUUUAUUUGUCGCCAUCGCCCAGGGUAACUGACUCACGCACGUUUACACAUUGCUAAGACUGGACUCCUCCCAGGGCCUGAUUUCAGAGACUCAGCCCGACAUCUCACGUCAAGGUGCAUAUUUUCAGUAUCCAGAGCUUAGUUUUUGGCCAAAGACUUUCUUUCUCGCACAUCUACAACUCGACACCACUGAUCCAGUGAAUACGGAUAUGCAACUCCUUUCUACUGAACUAUGCCUGCUCUUGUUUACAAAGCUUUUUUUUGUUUUGUUUUUUUUUGUCCUGUCAUCAUAAAUCUGUUCCUUUUCCUGAUCUGUGUCUGCUUGCCAGUUUAUUUUGUGACUUGUUUUCACUGUAAAUUCAUAAGAGCUUUCCUGUAGUGAAACACAGACUAAUAUUUGACACAUUGAAACACAGUGGCAACAAAAUGGCCACAUUCGUAUGCCCCUCAAAGACAAUUAAUGUAUUUGUCUAGCAAUAUGUACAUAUUGUAAAUGAUGAAUUGCUUAUGGGGAAGUGAUGCAGUUUUACUCAGAGAACGGCUAAUGAGGGAGGGGGAUGGCGGUGAUUUGGCUACUAAAUACCAACAAGGCUUGAAAUACAUUUUGUUUUGCAUCGAGUUUAGUUUGCUGUCAUGCUGAUGUUCUGAUGUUUGGUAAGAACUGUGACUAUUUUUUCUUAUACAGUUAUUAAUAUUAUUGCAGAUGUAAAUAAUGAAUUUCU